AUGUCUUACUAUCCCGCUGCCAUGUCCCUUCCGAUUCGCGAUCAGGACGUGGUCAAUGACGACAUUGAGCGCUCCUUUGGCAGUUGCUUGGUUCUUACGCCAAGGGAACAUGCUGGUGUGGUUAUUGGUUCUUCAACAGUCUCUGAUAGUUUUAUUGGCUUUACUUAUAGCCUUGUGGCUAAUGCUCUAGAUAAGAAAAGGGUUCUUAACAUGGAACCCUGGCCGUAUCAGUGUUCCUUGAUUUUUCUGGCUAAGAUCCCAGAUGAUGAUAGUAUGCACUCUAUGCCAUUGAUGUAUGGAAACUUCUGGGAUAACCGAGAUGGCACUAGUUGUGUAAGUUGCUUUAUUCGCAUUCGUGUGCUGUUUGAUGUCACCCUGCCCCUUAUUCGCUGGAAACCAAUUACCUAUCCAGAGGUUAGGGAGAAAUUGGUGGAGUUCAAAUAUGAUUACCUUCCUGAAUAUUGCUUUGCCUGCGAAAGAAUUGGCCAUCCUUCUCAAGUGGUACCAGUAAUUCUCCAUGCUAUGAGGGUCUCUGGAACAAAGAUGGAUCGGGGGAUUAGGGUAGUUUUGAUAAUCGAUCUUGGCGAUCUAGUUCCCGAGGCAAGAAUGAGCUUCAGGAUUCUGUCUCCACUUCAACCCUACCACGUCAUUACCAAGUGUUGA